AUGCGGGGCCCUAAAACCAGGCAUGACCGUCGUCGAAGCGACAGGGGAAGCACCGACUCAUGCCCCUCCUUCGUCUGUGCCAUCAAGGGAUACCCGUUCUCCGUCAUAUCAUCGGACGCAUUCGCUACAGAGAAGCUCAAAACCAUGCACACCCCCAGAACAACCCUGGACCUAAUCCUUAGUCAUCCUGAGUUCAUGCCAGAUCUGAUGCUGUCCAUGAUACGACGGGCGCGGGAGAUCGCAGACGCAGGGGUUGAGUCUUACUAUUUCACGAACCAGUUUUCCAACCGCGAUGCGCUCGUCGGUUAUGAGGCGAUCGGACAGGAACUGGUACGGCAGUUUCUAGACCGGAUUGAUGCGUUCUGUGGCGCGGUGGGAAGUGCUGGUAUGAUCAUGGGGGUGUCUCGUGUUCUGAAGAAUAAACGGUCGGAUAGGACUAGCGUCGUGGUUCUGGAACUGGCGUCCUCACCGUUUAUUACGAAGGGCCAAUUAGGUCCGCAUGCUGUUGAUGGGAUAGGGACUGGUUUAAGCCGCAUCUUGACGGGGCCUUUUACUAUGAAGCACGUGGCAUAUCAGAGGCGAAGGAUGGAAGAUGUGUCGACGGCUCGUGAGGGAGGAGGGAUUGCAUUUUGGUACGUCUACCAAGCUUAA